GCGCUGGAGCUGCAGUGGCACCCCGGGCUCGGCGAGUCCGGCCUGCGCCUGCUCGCGGAGGUCGCCAUGGAUCGCAGCUCGAAGCUGGAGGAGUUCGACCUCGCGUACAACCCGCAGCUCCGGGACUUCCUGGUCACCCGGCCCGUGCUCGCGCCGCUGCUGAAGCCGAGGGUCUCCAAGAUGAACACCCUGAAGCUCGCGGACUGCGGGCUGUGCGUGGAGCACGUCCGGGCCCUGGCCGCAGGCAUCGACCGCACGAAGCUCAAGAUCCUGGACCUGACCGGGAACCACCUCGCGGGCGGCGGAGAGGCGCUCGCGGAGGUCUGCGAGGCGCCGCUGCUCGAGGAGCUGACCCUGGCGGGCUGCGGCCUCACGGCCGAGGACGUCUCCGCCCUGGCGGACCAGCUGCCCUUCACGACCAUCAAGUCCCUCCAGCUGGGGGGCAACGGCUUCGGCUCCGCGGGGGUGCUGGCGCUGGCGGCCGCGCUCCCGGGCACGCAGGCGGCCGGCCUGUCGUAA